AUGAUUUUCUUCUCUGUCGUCUGCUAUUUUCUAACCAUAUUUGGAGCGGUCAACUCGGAUUGUGCCCCUGGAGAUAUUAAAAAUCCCCGAGAUAAUUGUGUUCAUGUAGAGAAUCUUCCCUCAACAUGGCAAGAGGCUGAAAACUUUUGCACUGCUCAUAAUGGCCAUUUGGCAUCUGUUCAUAAUGCUUUUGACAUGACAUCUUUGAGGAAAGUUGGACAACAAUGUACAAACUUCUGGAUUGGAGGUCAAUGUCAGAAAGGAAGCAACUGCAAAUGGAGUGAUGGAACUACUUUCGAUUAUACCAAUUUUAGAAAUGGAAAUUCUGGAACUGAAAAUUGUAUUCUGGCUGACACUAAAUCCGGAACCUGGUCCACCCAACCAUGUGAUACCAAAAGUUGCAUCGCCUGCGAAAUCAAAAGAGCAAUGCAAAACUGUCAAGAUUGGAUGAAAGCUGGUUUCACAGAUUCCGGGAAAUACACAAUUCUUGUGAAUGGAGUGGAAACGGAAGUGUGGUGCGACAUGCAAACUUAUGGAGGAGGAUGGGUUCUUUUCCAAAACCGUCUAGAUGACACGGAGAGCUACUGGGACCGAAAAUGGGAUGAGUACAAAAACGGAUUCGGAGAUAUCGAUGAAAAUUCAAACUUUUGGUUGGGAAAUGAGGCUCUUUAUCAGUUGACGAAUAACCAAAAAGCUACACUGAGAGUUGAAAUGUAUGGUGAUAGAACGCCAAAUUCUAAAAAUGCAACUGACUUUUGGUUCGGACAUUAUUUCGAGUUCAAGGUUGGCCCUGAAUCCCAAAACUAUCCCUUACUGAACCUUGAAAUGGAUUGGGCCCAUCCAAUUGGAAAUGCCUCAACUGCCUGGUAUGAUUUGACUUGCUCAAUUGGUUCUCCUUUCUCAACAGUGGACAACAUUCAUGACCCUGUGAAGGAGUGUGUGACAAAAUUCCAGAUGGGUGGCUGGUGGCUAAAAAAUUGUGCACUUUCGACCCUCAACGGUGCAUAUACUCCCAAAGAUUGGAAUAAUGGAUAUGGAAUGUUCUGGAUUUGGGAUGGCUCUGAGACUAUUCUACACCCUCGCAAGACAAGAAUGUUGGUCAGAACAACGGUGGAAUAG